GGUUUCCUUAUCAUUGCAUUGUGAGCGAUUGAUUGCCUCAGAGGUAAAGGCUUCUCUUGAGCUGUGUGCUCUUGACACAGACUGUUCGCCCACCAUGCCGCCAGUCCAGCUGGUAGGGGACAUCCCCGGGAUGGUUGGGUCAUCGCUGUUCCUUGACAGACGUGAUGUUUCUCAAUCGUCACCGGAUCCCGCCCCUGUGGAGGAACAUAACCUUCUCCUAGCGCCGCGAUCUGCCUCGACGACGCAUGUCAGUCCCGGGAAAGGAGCAAUACCUCCACAAGACGUCAACAUGCAUGUUAUCCAGGCUGUCUUUGCCGUCAUCGGAGCAGGCUUCGUAUUGGGGGCGAUUUGGUUCUUCUUCUGGGCGAAGAAUGGCGGGUUCGUCUGGCGGAAGGGCGAUUGGGAUGAGUACAAGUCGACAGUUCUACGACGCAAGGGCCCUGAUGGGAGAACACUUAGUAAUGCUACCAAGAGUACUAAACUUGGUGGCGGCAGUGUCGUCGGCAGAGGUUACAGCGACUAUGACGACGCAUGGACGGUCACAGACAGCGCAGCGAUGACAGAGACGGCGACAGAAGUGACGGAAGAGAAGCCGCGCAAGAAGCGCAAUCUCAAGGAGACCGCUAAGAUGAAGCUUCUGCGUAGACGCAAGGAGGAGAAGUGGGAAGGAGAAGCGGAUGAGGAUGUGCGCGCUUAUCGUCGUGAGAAGCCAGCUCGCGUUGGUGGUCUCAACCAGGAGCCUGAAGGCACGUAUCACGGCAGCGAAUACACGCCAACGGCUCCUAGUGAAUACAACUCGAGCGAAAUGACUGAGUCGCGUGACUUUGCCUACCGUCAAGAACAGCGACGCAACCGCAACCCCUCUGGGUUCUCGUUCGAAGCCGGGAGUGAGGACGUUCUCAGUCGGGCAGCGCCAGAGGAGUAUUCUCGUCGGGACCGGGAUCGUCACUCGACCCGUCGUCAGCACCGUCGGCGGGAACGUCGAGAUGGCGAACGAUCCCGUGCCCAUCCCUCGUCCCGUCACAGCAGCCCCCGUAAGCGGGAACGUUCGUCUGUGGGCAACUACCACGAGCCGCUCGACUUCUCGUCUGCGCCCUCUUAUUCGGAAUAUCAAUACUCUGCCGCCGAGACUGAGGAAACCGGCACCAAGAGCUACCACCAUCCUCUCCCAGCUCUGAGCAAGGGCUACCGUCGCGAUGGACGCAGCAGACGCAGAGACAGCCUGAGCGACAGCGACGGCGAGUAUAGCCGGAGAAGAUAAAACUUCCUUUGUUUUUUCUUCAAC